UGAAGCGGUUUCAACACUUUUCCUUUUCGAUUUCUCGAUGCUAAUUUUUUUCUCUCCUUGAACAAAGAGUUUCUCCAAUGCGAACGUUCAGGGAGAAGGACAAGAAAAGAUCGUAAACGAGGCGCAAUCGCCGUCAGAGGUGCAUGCGCGUGGUGUUCUUGGUGAAACCAGAGGAAACGGAGGCGGCGUCGGAAUCGGAAUAUGUUGGAGGCGAAUGCCAAGUUCUGCAGAGUCUAGGUUCAACUUGUUCACAAACUCAUACUACACACACAAAAUCAGAUAGGACAUACAAAGGGUCAUAUGGCGCUGCUUCAUGUAAAUACUUCUGCACGAAUCUUACUUCGUUGAAUUUGAGCUAUGCUGAUGUCAAUGCGCUUCAGCUAAAAUCAAUUAUUCGACACUGUCAUAAGCUGCAAAUAUUGUGGGAUGUGGUUUUGCUAAAUACUCUCAGAGAGAUAUGGCUCUGGAAGCUAUUAAUGGACUUAAUGAACCUAUACAAUGAGAGCGUACAACAAUAAAGUAGAGUCAACAAGUCCAAUGAUGAUGUAACUAUCUCUUCCUUAAACAUUGUCAGUAACUUCCUUAGAGCAUCUCCAAUUGGGGUUGCUUAUAAGCAAUUCCCAUUGCAGAUGCUCUUACAAAAUUUGGGCAGAGUGCUUUGGCUGAUGCAAGAGACCAUGUUUGGGAGAUGACUGAAAAGGAAAUCAACAUCUUCCUCUAGAAGACAUUAUAUUCUGCAAUAAAUUCUUGUUAUAAAUUAGAACAUUUUUUUUUAAAUUUUGCAUAUAUUUGUUGUUGAAAGUGUUCUAAAUUUUUGUGUUUUUCUUAAGUUGUUCUUAUCUUUCGGAGAAAGAAAGACAGAAAGACAUCCGGUUGAUUGAUGUUCACUAGAAGUGUUAAAAGAUAAUUUGUUAUUAUAUUAAAA